CUAUAGACGCCGUUGGUCCCAGCCACUCGGCCCUGAACCCUUCUCCCGUGCCUCUCGGUUAAGCCCCAUAAAUUCGAGGCGAUCUGAGAGCAACACCACACGACCCAGCGCACCCCACCCCACCAUCAACCUCGACCAUCCUUUUCUCUCCUCCUCACGACCCAAUCGCGAUCUCGUUGUGAAGACGAGUUGCGACAAAAGUCAUCAUGGCACCCGUAGCGACUAGCAGCAACGGCAACGCCGCCGACGGCGAAGGCAUGGGCCCGACUGGCAUGACUGCCUCGCCUUCGUACGAGUUCAAGAUUCAGCGAGGCAAGCCUGAGACGUCGUCGUCGGCGCACUUCCUUGGCGUCAACGCCUCAGGCGAGUCCGAGGGAAGCGGCGCCAUCACGCCUCCUCACUCCGUCGUUGUCAGCCAUGAGAAAGUCCAGCACUUCUUUGGCGGCAACGUCCUUGAUUCGGCACCUCCUGGUCCCGUGACUGACUUUGUGCGCAAGCAAGGCGGCCACACUGUCAUUACCAAGGUCCUCAUCUGCAACAACGGUAUCGCCGCCGUUAAAGAGAUCCGCUCCAUCCGCAAGUGGGCCUACGAGACAUUCGGAGAUGAGCGCGCCAUCGAGUUCACCGUCAUGGCCACACCCGAGGACCUCAAGGUCAACGCCGACUACAUUCGCAUGGCCGAGCAGUACGUCGAGGUGCCCGGAGGUUCCAACAACAACAACUACGCCAAUGUCGACCUCAUCGUAGACAUUGCUGAGCGAGCCGGCGUACACGCAGUCUGGGCCGGAUGGGGUCAUGCCUCUGAGAAUCCCCGUCUGCCAGAGUCUCUGGCUGCCUCGCCUCAGAAGAUCGUCUUCAUUGGUCCUCCUGGUUCAGCGAUGCGAUCCCUCGGUGACAAGAUUUCGUCAACCAUCGUCGCCCAGCAUGCAGACGUACCUUGCAUGCCUUGGUCGGGAACCGGCAUCACUGAGACGAUGAUGAGCGAGCAGGGAUUCCUCACCGUCUCCGACGACGUCUACCAGCAGGCGUGCAUUCAUUCAGCUGAGGAGGGACUCGAAAAGGCUCAGAAGAUUGGUUUCCCCGUCAUGAUCAAGGCCUCCGAGGGUGGUGGUGGAAAGGGUAUCCGCAUGUGCAAGAGCGCCGACGAGUUCAAGCAGCUCUACAAUGCUGCCCUCGGCGAAGUUCCCGGCUCGCCCAUCUUCGUCAUGAAGCUCGCAGGCAAGGCUCGCCAUCUCGAGGUCCAGCUCCUCGCAGACCAGUACGGCAACGCCAUCAGCAUCUUCGGUCGUGACUGCUCCGUCCAGCGUCGUCACCAGAAGAUCAUCGAGGAAGCUCCCGUCACCAUUGCGCCUGAGCAAGCUCGCGAUGACAUGGAGAAGGCAGCCGUACGUCUUGCCAAGCUUGUGGGCUAUGUCUCAGCCGGUACCGUAGAGUGGCUCUACUCUCCCGACUCGGGCGACUUUGCCUUCCUCGAGCUCAACCCUCGUCUCCAGGUCGAGCAUCCUACCACCGAGAUGGUGUCUGGAGUCAACAUUCCCGCCGCCCAGCUGCAAGUCGCGAUGGGUAUUCCUCUCAACCGCAUCCGCGACAUCCGCACGCUCUACGGCAUGGACCCCCGCGGCUCUGACCCCAUUGACUUCGACUUUGUCGACCCCGAGUCGCACAAGAAGCAGCGCAAGCCUCAGCCCAAGGGUCACGUCGUCGCUUGCCGUAUCACCGCCGAGAACCCGGACACCGGCUUCAAGCCGGGAAUGGGAGCCCUCACUGAGCUCACUUUCCGUUCCUCCGACUCCGUCUGGGGCUACUUCUCAGUCCAAGCCUCUGGUGGUCUUCACGAGUUUGCAGACUCGCAGUUCGGUCACUUGUUCGCGUACUCGCCCUCUUCGCGUGACGAAGCGCGCAAGAACAUGAUCAUCUCGCUCAAGGAGCUCUCCAUUCGCGGUGACUUCCGUACCACUGUCGAGUACCUCAUCCGACUUCUCGAGACGCCCACCUUCAUCGGCAACAGCCUCAACACUGGCUGGCUCGACCGUCUCAUCGUUGAGCGCUUCGCCGCCGAGAGGCCUCCUCGCGACUUGGCCGUCGUUGCUGGUGCAGCUGUCCACGCUCAUCUCCGUGCCAGCGAGUGCGAAGACAACUACAGGCGCAUCCUCAGCAAGGGUCAGGUUCCUCCUCGUACCACACUGCAGUCAGUCUUCACCAACAUCGAGUUCAUUCACGAGAACGUCAAGUACUCCUUCACGGCUUCGCGCGCUUCCAAGUCGACGUGGUCGCUCUUCCUCAACGGCGUCCGCAUCCUCGUCUCGCUGCGCCAGCUGGCCGAUGGUGGUCUCCUCAUGACUAUGGGCGGAGGCAAAUCUCAUCCCGUCUACUUCCAGCAAGAAGUCGGCUCAAUGCGCCUUAGCAUUGACGCUAGGACCUGCAUCAUUGAGGAGGAGAACGACCCUACGCAGAUCACAGCCCCCUCACCCGGCAAGCUGCAGCGUCUCCUCGUCGACAGCGGCGACCACGUCAACGCCGGCGACGUCCUCGCUGAGAUUGAGGUCAUGAAGAUGUACCUGCCCCUCAUCGCCGCAGAAGACGCCAUCGUCUCAUGGGUCAAGUCGCCCGGUACCAGCAUUGCUCAGGGCGAUGUCCUCGGUAUUCUAGCCCUCGACGAUCCCAGCAAGGUGCAGCACGCCAAGCCUUUCAGCGGUCAGCUCCCCGACUUUGGCAUGCCCGUCAUUGUCGGCCAGAAGCCCGAACAGCGCUACGCCCACGCCCUUGAGGUCCUCACCGAUGUCCUCGAAGGAUUCGACCAGAGUUUCACCAUGCAUGCCGCCCUGGCUCAGCUCGACCAGCUUCUUCGCGACCCUGCUCUUCCCUUCGGCCAGUCUCAGCGCAUUCUGUCGGCCCUUUCCAGCCGUAUGCCCGCCAAGCUCGAGGAGACCGUCCGAUCCCACCUCGACGCCGCCUCCAAGCGUGGCGGUGAGUUCCCUGCCUCCCGCAUCCGCAAGGUAGUCGAGUCUUUCCUCCGCGAGAGCGUUGACGUAGCUGUGCGUGGCCAGGUCGAGACCACGCUCGCCCCCUUCACCGACCUUCUGGACAGCUACGCCGGUGGCCUCCAGGCUCACGAGGCUGCAGCCCUCGCCGCACUCCUCGAGCAGUACUACGCCGUCGAGUCGAGGUUCACCGGCGAGGCCGACAUCGUCCUCGAGCUGCGCAAGGAGGCAGAAGACGAUCUCUCCAAGGUCGUCGCACAAGUCCACUCUCACCUCGGACUCUCACGCAAGAAUGGCCUUGUCCUCGCCAUUCUGGACAAGUACGUCGCCAAGACGCCAUACCUCACUCGCGGCGCCGAGGGCUCCAAGAUGCUUGAGGUCUUGAACAAGCUCGCCACCCUCGAGGGCAAGGCCGUCGCUCCCGUCGCCCUCAAGGCUCGUGAGGUGGCCAUUGCCGCUCACCUGCCCAGCCUCGAGGACCGCAAGGCGCAGAUGGAGGGCAUCCUCAAGGCCUCGGUAUCGUUCAGCAAGUACGGUGACGACGAGGAGUACCACACGCCCAACGUCAAUGUCCUUCGCGAGCUCGCCGACUCGCAGUAUUCCGUCUACGACGUCCUGCACUCCUUCUGGGGCUCGCGCAAGCCUGCCAUCGCCUUUGCCGCAUUGGUCACUUACGUCCUGCGUGCCUACCGCGCCUACGAUCUCGUGCACUUUGACUACGCCGUUGAGGACUUCAGCGCCGAAGAUCGAGCCGUCCUCCGCUGGCAAUUCCAGCUCGCCAAUGCUGGUGAGCCUGCGGCUGAGCGUAAGGCCUCGGAGACGGACCUCGAAGCUCUCAAGAAGAAGAACAAUGCCGUGCCCGAAGUUCGCGAGGGUCUCAUGACUAGCUGUGGCAUCAUUUCGGAUCUCUCUGACGUCCUGCCCAAGGUCUGCCGCACCUUCAAGGGCGCUAAGCCCUCGCAUCCCGUCAACGUCAUCAACAUCGCCAUCACAGAUGACGCGGAGGUCAACGACUCGCAGGCUCGCGACGCUUUCGUCUCAUACACUAACAAGUUCGCCAAGAACAUUGAGGCUGCCGGCGUGCGCCGAGUUACCUUCCUCCAGUGCCAGCCUGGCCAAUACCCGUGGUUCACGACGCUGCGCCGCUCCGAGGACGGCAAGUGGGAGGAGGAGCGUGCUAUCCGCAACAUCGAGCCCGCUCUCGCCUACCAGCUCGAGCUCAGCCGUCUUGUCAAGAACUUCGAGAUCGUGCCCGUGCCCAUCACCUCGUCCGCCAUCCACCUCUACUACGCUCGUAGCCGCCAGAACCCUUCGGACAUGCGCUUCUUCGUUCGUGCACUCAUUCGUCCGGGGCGCAUCACCAGCGGCAACGCGACCGACUUCCUUGUUGCUAGCACCGACAAGAUGCUCUCCGAUGUCCUUGACAUGCUGGAGGUCGCUGAGGGUCGCCCCGACAUGCGUGGGUCGGACGACAACCACAUCUUCCUGUCCUUCCUUUACGACCUUCCCGACGAAGUCGAGUUCGAGAAGGUGUCGGAAACUCUUGCUGGCUUCGUCGAGCGUCACGGUCCUCGCCUCUUCCGCCUGCGCGUCACCAACGCCGAGAUCCGUCUCGUCCUCACUCGCAAGGACGGUUCGAGGAUGCCCCUGCGCUUCUUCAUCUUCAACGAGACUGGCUUCCAGGUUCGUUUCGAGGGCUACCAGGAGCACGUCAACGACUCUGGCCGCACCAACCUCAAGUGCCUCUUUGGCUCUGGCCGCCUCAAUGGCGAGAACGCCACCUUUGCCUACGAGCCCCGCGUCGCGCUCCAGACUCGCCGUGCUCGCGCUCACGCUCUGCAGACGACCUUCUGCCACGACCUCGUCGCCGUCUUCCGCGAGGCCCUGCGUGCAUCUUGGAAGGGCGUCCCUGCUGCCCCUGAGGACCCGCUCUCGGCCGUCUCUGAGCUUGUUCUCGACGAGGAGGAGGACAACCUGCGAGAGACUCAGCGACCGGCCGGCACCAACAAGAUUGGCAUGGUCGCCUGGCUGAUCACCGCCAAGACUCCCGAAUACCCCGAGGGACGCCAGCUCGUCAUCAUCGCCAACGACGUCACAAUUCAGGCUGGUUCCUUCGGUCCCGCAGAGGACCGCUUCUUUGCUGCUGCCUCGAAGCUUGCUCGUCAGCGCAAGAUCCCUCGUCUCUACGUUUCUGCCAACUCGGGUGCUCGCAUCGGUCUCGCUACGGAGCCUCUGGACCUCUUCCAGGUCAAAUUCGUCAACAAUGAUCCGACCAAGGGCUUCGAGUACCUCUACCUCGACGACGCGGGCAUGGAGAAGCUCAACGCCAAGGGAGCCGCGGCUAGCGUCGUUACCGAGGCUACGGUGGCGACUGACGGUAAGCGUCACCACGUCAUCACCGACGUCAUUGGACUGCAGCAGGGACUCGGUGUCGAGUGUCUCUCCGGCUCUGGUCUCAUUGCCGGCGAGACGUCGCGUGCCACGCAGGAGAUCUUCACCACUACCAUCGUCACCGGUCGCUCCGUCGGUAUCGGUGCCUACCUCGCUCGUCUCGGUGAGCGUGUCAUCCAGGUCGAGGGGUCGCCCAUGAUCCUCACGGGCUACCAGGCCCUCAACAAGCUGCUUGGUCGCGAAGUCUACACCAGCAACCUGCAGCUCGGUGGCCCUCAGAUCAUGUACCGCAAUGGCGUCUCGCACCUGACUGCCGCAGACGACCUGGCCGCCAUGAAGAGCUUCGUACGCUGGCUGUCAUACGUUCCGUCGGCUCGCCAUGCCGCCCUGCCUCUGAGCCUCAACAACCAAGACGGGUGGGAUCGUCCCGUCGGCUACACUCCUCCCAAGGGCCCCUACGACCCACGCCACCUCCUCGAUGGCACCCUCGCCGAAGACGGCAAGACGUGGCUCAGCGGUAUUUUCGAUAAGGGGUCGUGGCAGGAGACCCUCGCUGGCUGGGCUACCUCCGUCGUCGUCGGUCGAGCCCGCCUCGGUGGUAUCCCCACGGGUGUCAUCGCCGUCGAGACUCGCACGCUCGAGCGCGUCGUGCCUGCGGACCCGGCUAACCCCAACUCGAACGAGCAGCGCAUCAUGGAGGCUGGCCAGGUCUGGUACCCCAACUCGGCACACAAGACGGCACAGGCCAUUGCUGACAUCAACCGUGAGGGCUUGCCGCUUAUGAUUCUGGCCAAUUGGCGUGGUUUCUCUGGUGGACAGGAGGACAUGUUCCAGCAGAUCCUCAAGUUCGGCAGCAUGAUCGUGGACAAUUUGGUCAACUUCAAGCAACCUGUGUUCGUCUACCUGCCCCCUGGCGCCGAGCUGCGCGGUGGUGCUUGGGUCGUCAUCGACCGCACGAUCAACGAGAACGGCAUGAUGGAGAUGUACGCCGACCCCACCUCCCGCGGCGGUGUGCUCGAGCCCGAGGGAAUCGUCAGCGUCAAGUAUCGCCACGACAAGCAACGCGAGACGAUGCUGCGACUCGACUCACGCUAUGCCGAGCUCGUCAAGAGCGGCGACAAGCAGGCCAGCGCUGCUCGAGAAAAGGAGCUUUCCCCCAUCUUCAACGCCAUUGCGGUCGCCUACGCCGACCUGCACGACAAGACGGGCCGAAUGGCAGCGAUGGGCGUCAUCCGCCAGGCAGUACCUUGGAGCGAGUCGCGUCGCUACUUCUACCAGAGGCUGCGUCGUCGCCUUGUAGAGGAGAAGAGCAUGGAGCUCAUCAUGCAGGCAAGGCCUGGAUGGUCCAGCGUCGAGGCUCGCACUUUCCUCGAGUCGGUCAUUCAGGUCGGGCUCGAGGAUGUGGAGGAUGGAGACAUGGCAGGCUUGAUUGAGCAGAAGCAGGCUGCCCUUGUAGAGGCGCUCGAGGGCUUGAAGAGGGAUGCUGCGUUGGCGCAGAUUAACGCCUUGGCUGCUGGAUUGGAUGAGGGCACGAAGCAGAGAGUGUUGGCUGCCCUUCAGCAGCAGCAGUAAGUGGAGAGGAGGAGGUAACUUCAAAUGACUCGAAAACAUAGACUAUCCAAGUGAUGUGAUGUGGCCCUUUCAGAUCGCUCCAAUCUCUCUUUCAGUUUACUUAGCGAC